ACCCAGUUUUGUCCGAACUGCAUGCUGUCACACUUCACAUUUUAAAACCUCUCCUUGCUUUUACUUUUCCUACUGCGACAACUCAAACGUAUUGGACUGCGUCUUUUCAAAGCUAAUUCAAGGCUGUUUGGCAGUACUCGGUUUCCUGAGGUCACCGAUGGUUGCUAUGCUGCGCUGCUGUUGCCGUGGAGGCGGAGUGCAGCCUGUCGGGACGGUCGGUUGAAGAUAGAGGACGUAACUGUCACAUGCUGGAGGAGCGUAGCGAAGUUUAUCUGCGGGAUGAGGAUCUGAAUGGAAGAAAUUCAUGAGUAAAAUGGAUAGUGCUUGUUGAAAAAAGUAUAGCGAAAAAAGUUUUCGGUGUCUUAAAGAUAACAGAUCUCAAAGUUGUCGUGCGCGCGGACGUGCCUUUGGAACUGGAGCGCGAGCUGUCGUUUAACCGUACUGCCGCAGUUGUUGGAAGAGACGUUAAUUAAACGUAGACACCAAGAUCAGCAACUUCGACUUACGAUAUUUAAUAGCAAACUUUGCACGACUAUUGAACUAUCGGUUCCCCGCGACUGACGAGGACCUACGGAGAAGAUCAAAUCAGCAUGGUUACCACAAAGGGAGCGGGCCUGAACCCCAAUGCCAAAGUGUGGCAGGAGAUCCCUGCCCAACAGAGUGAGAGUCCUGAGGAGAUGGACAAUGCUCCAUGGCUCAAUACCUGCCCUCCUCCUGCUGAAAUGACCGAAGAUUACUCAGAUGUUCCCUCUUCAGGAGGUAAAGGAUACUACAGUGAAAACGUGGACAGCACUGCUGAGUAUACCCCUGUGAAUGACAUCAGUCCGUCUGACCAGGGGUUUUUAGGCUUUGACCCACAGUGUGAAUCCACCAUAGAUAAUGCAUCUGAGGUGCAGGCGAUGUCCGAAGAGAGUUUGAGACAGUCUUUAAAGGAACGUCUUGAGUUCUUCUUUUCUAGAGAGAAUCUUUCAAAGGACCUCUACUUGAUAUCCCAGAUGGAUGGUGAUCAGUUUGUUCCCAUUUGGACACUUGCUUGUAUGGAGAACAUUAAAGCUCUUACCACUGACAUGGACCUCAUUCUGGAUGUACUGCGAGCCUCCCCCAUGGUGCAAGUUGAUGAAACUGGGAAGAAGGUUCGACCAAACCACAGUCGCUGCAUCAUUAUUCUAAGAGAAGUGCCGGAGACGACCCCAGUUGAGGAAGUAGAGGCUCUUUUUAAGAGCGAACACUGCCCGAAACUGUUAAGUGUUGAGUUUGCGCACAACAGCAACUGGUACAUAACUUUUCAGUCAGACAUGGAUGCACUACAGGCUUACAGAUACCUAAGAGAGGAAGUUAAAAUGUUCCAAGGGAAACCAAUCAUGGCCCGCAUUAAGGCCAUUAAUACAUUCUUUGGCAAGAAUGGCUUCUGUAGUGUCCAGGAUUCAGGUGUGUACAGUCAACAUGCUCCGCUGCAGGCCCCGUAUGACUCAAGUGCUCCAGUGUACAUGCAGUCGAUGUACAGCCCUCAGCAGCAAUACCCUGUUUAUCCUAUUGUGUCUCCCUCCUGGAAUCCUCAGCCAUCAAACAUGCCUUAUUUCGAAACACCGCUGGCACCUUUCCCCAACAGUGGAUAUAUGAAUGGUUACAGCAGUUCCGGGAACUACAAAGCUAACUCAAGCUCCAUCAACACACAUGCUGCUAUGACCAGGAACCGAAAUCAUUUAAAAGGUCAUCCCAGGCCUGGAGAUGUGCACUCUUCUUUUGCUCCAAGGAACCAGUUGGAUGGUGUGUCUGGUCCACAGGUCCUGCAAACACAACAGCUGAUCUCUCUGGCCUCCUUCAACCUUAAAGAUGUGAGCGGGUCUGGACGGGGCAGAAGAGGCCCCAGUAGAAGCACAAGGAGAAAAAGGGAAGAUGAGCAGGCAACGAAGCCCGUCCCUGUACCGGAGGCCAAGGCAUCGCAUCCAAAGUUUGACCUGGCAGCCUCCAAUUUUCCACCUCUGCCAGGAUCUGUGGUCAGUAUGCAGGAGGAAAGUGUCCCUGAGAUGCGCCUUUCUGAUAUUGUGCGUGGCCUGAAGGUGACAAACAAGUCUGUCAGCAAAGAUGUUCCCACAAACAUCGCAGAAGGUCCUGUAAACAAACCUGAUCCUGUAAUUCCACCUAAACCUGCUGUUGUGUCCACACAAACAACCACUCCACCAGUCUCAAGUGAUUCUCUUGUAGUAAAGGAAGAGGAUAAAACUGAAGCUCCUGUAACAAAGGAAAAUGUCUCCUCGUCCACACAAGCUCACACACAAUCACCGUCAGAACAUGCUCCCUCCACCUGCAGCCAGGCUCUUUCUACCGAAACCUCUUCAUCGCCUCCCACAUCCCCAACAUCAGAACCGGGUCUAAAAAAGCUCAGUUAUGCAGAGGUGUGCCAGAAGCUGGCCAAAGAACCGCUGCCAGCACAGAUGCCCUCUCCCUCCACUCCCACCUCUUCAGACAGCCAACCCCUGCAAGAGCUCAAGGUAAACAGGGUGGAGGAGCCUCGUCCCAAUGGCCGACAAACUGCAGAGAAACGUGGAGAUAAACGGCCUCCUCGGCAACCACUGCGCUCCUUCAGAGGGGGAAGUGGCCAAGCCAGAGUCCGAGAGCCAGGGCAGAAGAUUCGGGAACAUCAGAAGGGCCUGAACACUGGGAAACGAUUUUCACCACAGCGGGCAGCCAGACGCAGUGGCAAAGAACAGAAUAUCCCUCCAAGUUCACCAAAGUAACCAAAGGGUGGAGAAAAAUGAACUGAAAACAGAAAAGAAUAUAUGUACAUAUGUAAUAUAUAAAGACAGAUGCCUAUAUUUCAUUUCAUGAGUUCGUCACAUCUCUUUAGAGAUGCUGAACUUUGCUGAAAGUAGUGUCACGAUAUGAUAUGAGAAUAUCCCUGUACAUUUGUUGAAUUUGUGGCAUCUACAUCUGUGGUUUAGAAAAUAUGAGACCUUGUAUCUCUUUUUUUAAACAUGUAAUUAACAAGUAAUCUGAAAAACUAGUAUCUAUUGUCAGUUAUCCAUGGACUUGACGUGUUCAGCUUUAGAGUGGGUUGAACUUUUGAAAGGUAAGAGUAGCAAUAUUUGUAGAAAUGUUUGUAGACACUUGUUCUACGACUAGUGAAUCUUGUCUUGAACUUAUAAUACUUGUUGGGUUUUGUGUUUUGCAAUAAUUUUCCUUUGUGGCGCAAAUAUUGGAUCAAUACCGCUAACAUUGGAAUAAGUGGAGCAGAUCUGCUUAUGUCAUUUUUACUAGACUUUACAAAACUUUCUUUUUUCAUAAAUUAUAAAUAUCGAAUUAUUCUAUCAGUGCUAAUGGUUGGUGGAUGUAGGCAGGAAAGUGUUUGACCAGAUCUUGGUAAUGUUGGCAUCUGCUUUGUAAAGUACAACUAAAAAGGGUUUGUUUGUUUGUUUUCAGCUAACUUUGGUUUCUAUUUCACAAAACCAGUGUACACUGGGAUUAGGUAAAUAAUCCAGUUAACUAGGUCAUUGUAGUAAUUUGGUGUUUGUGGUUCCUUCAUAGUUUCAGAUUGUUGAAGUGGAACAGUCAUGCUGACUCAAGUCUUCGUCAGUGAACCCUCUUUACUGCUAAAAUAUUAUGAAUGGCCUGAGGGACAGGGAGCAGAAAUUUUCCCCUCAAUGUUGAAUGUUUUCACUGCUUGAUUUCAAAAGUAGCAUUUUUAUUGCUUGAAUCACAUGUGCUAUCAAAAUGAUGAAUGUAGCUGUGGAUCUCAAACCAUUUUUUUAUUUUAUUUUUUUUAAUGAUUUUAACAUGUAUGUGGUUUUGUGUAUGCAAAUUCAGUUUUCGUUUGUCCACAUGGUAGUGUAUUUUAUGUUGUUAGCGUUGACUACAUGUUAUUCGGUGUUUGUAAUGUUGAUGAAUUGGUGUGUAGACUAAUGUUUAUUAGCGGUUAGGUUCUGAUCUGUAAUGCAGCUUGUGGCUUGACAAUGAAUAUCUUUCAGUUACAAAUGACAGAAGGGUAUUGGGAUGGAUUUUUCAAUUUGUACUUAGAUUUUCUUAAAUAUGGUUAAAAGAGAUGAGCAAUUUAAGAUAGAAUUCAGAUGUUAACAGGGAAUUUACAAAACAGGCUGUACACUGUAGUAAUCAGUAGUUUAUACUGGGUUUUUUGUUUUGUUUUUAAAGUGUGCAGCUGACUGACACUGCUUGUGUUUUAGACUAUAAGGAGUUAUCAAACCAAACUCUGAGUGCCUUAAUGGGAUUUAAUUUCAUUAUAAAAAUGCUGUAAAGGGUGUAAACUUGUCAUAAUUAACGUGAUAAAGUUCACAAAACCACCUCAUUUUGAGGCAACAAAAGUUUCAGUUCAUUCUGUAGGACUUGCCCUGUGUGCAUUUUAUUUUUAACUUACCAAAACAAUUUCAAUCCUGAUUU